AUGAAACUGGGAGUGAGACUAUGUGUGCUAGUAGUGCUCUCUCUCCAAUUUUGGGCUCCAGGACAGGGGCAGGAUCUGGAGCCAGAGCAGGUCCUUGUGUUCUGUGAUGACAAAGACGUGGAGACAGCUGUGGACUUGGCCCUUGUCAAGUAUAAUGAGAAGCGUCCUUAUGGAAAUCAACUAGCACUCUACCAGAUUCUGGAGGCCUCAACGGUAGGUGACAUACUGAGAACAUUGUUAUUUAUAUUUAUUUAUUUAUCCUGUCCUUUUUGCAUACAUCUUGAUGAAUGAUGUGUUGAUUGUGUUGAUGAAGAGAGAAUACGAACAUUCCUACACCGAGUCACAGUAUUGCGUUCCUCUCUUGUAGUCUCAGAAUGACUCAGGCACUCAGUACUUUGUGGAAUUCAAUGGCAGGGUCACUGACUGUCCAGCAGGGGGAAACAAAGUCUGGAAAGACUGUGACUACCUCCCCACUGGGAACAAGGUAAUGCUUUGUUAUUAGAUUACAUCUCUGGGUAAUCUGUUUUUUAAAUAAUAAUAAUAAUAAAACAUUUGUUCUGUUUAUUUAUCAGGUGCCAAGCCCUUGUAAUGCAACGGUCCACAUGUCAGAGACCGAUAAAGAGGUCCUGGCAGUUUUCUGUGACCCAGUUGGUUAGUUUUUCACUUCACACCAAGUAGACCAAGCCAUAGAUCACAUACAAGUCUAUUUAUACUUAUAGUUUUUCCAGACAACCAGAUAAAUGUUAACCAAAGAUUGACUCAUGUAGCAGAACAUUUAUUUUAGUUGAUUUAGAUUAGAAUCACCAAAAAUAUGUGGUUAAUUUUCUAUACUGACAACCCUCUCGUUUUCAGUGGAGGCCCCUGUUGUUGCUGAACGCUCCACAUGUCUGGGGUGUCCUAGGGAGAUUGACGUGGACAGUGAGGACCUAAAGGCUCCCGUGACAUACUCCAUCACCAGGUUCAAUGCUGAUUCUGACUCCAGCCAUCACUUUGUCCUGAACAGUGUUGGUUUCGCUACGAGACAGGUAAAUCAGUUGCAAAUCUCACUGGGAGUUAUUGAAUGUUACAAAGGCUAGUUGACUACGCCACCUGGUGGACUCUAAACACCUAGUUCAAUUCAAAACUGAUUCACACUGUAGGGCCAAACCGAGCCAAACUGAGCUGAACUAGGCCAGGGCUGGCCUGGUUACACAUCUACCAUAGCUGCUGGAACCAUGCUGGAAAUGACCAUGUGAAAAGAAAAGAUCAGAGCCAGUACGGUACGGUUCGAGCCCUAUAGUGCGAAUCAGGUAACAGAGUGACCAGUUGGGAUCAGGGGUAUUGGGUCCUACAACAAUUACCAACAACACAAAUAUUUUUUAAAGAUAUCUACUUUUGUAAAAAUAUAAUUUAAGUUAAGUAUCUUUGCUCAUCCCUUCCAAUGGAAAUAUGCCAAACCUUCUCCUUGGCUCUGGCAUUAGUAGGUGUGGUGUGGCUAUAUUUACCUCUAUGGGUGUGACCCUUGGACUGUAAUGUACUUGUUGGAGUUAGGAGUGUCAUUCCAGAAUCCGUUGGGGGGAAGGGCGGCUCAAACGAAUGUCUUUGAAUAACUUAUUUAUUUCACAUGCUCCUCUUAGGUGGUUGCUGGAUUCAGGUAUAGACUGAUGUUCGAUAUGAGGAAAAGCAAUUGCUCCAAAGCGGACCACAAAGAGCUGAACGAUGAAUGUCAUCCAGAUCCUGAAGAUGUGGUAAACCACAAUGGAGCUCAUAGUAUUUUUUGAAUAGGCUACAGUAUAUUUAAUAUAUGAUUCUGCUGUUGUAAUACUUCUGUAUGUAAAUGAAAUGUAUCAUGAAUGCUUGUCCCUGCCAUCUCUGACAUCCUGUAUCUCUAGGAACUUGCUCACUGCAAUUCUACAGUAGAUGUGGCACCUUGGAGGCAUGAGACUGCAGAAGCAAAUGUGGAAUGUGCACCAGGUCCCCUUCAGAAUUUUGUGAGACAUUCUGCAAACUUUACUACUAUAGCAUAUUAAUGAUGCUCUGAAAAUCAGAUAAAGUAAUAGCGUCAUGAUGUGUAGGUAUGUAUGUAUGUUUUGGGAAUUUGUGCUAAAUGGAUGAUUAUGACAAGGAACAUUUUUCCAUUCACAGGAAGUCUUUAGAAGAAGGCCUCCUGGAUGGUCUCCCUUGAGGAACUUCAACAAUUUUGCUGAAGCAACCCCAGCCUCAACUGCUUCAGCUAAAGAGGAGUCUUUAGAGGAGUCUCAGGAGCUCAGCCCGACUGCUGUCACCACGGCUAGCAGAGACCCAGAGCCAGCCCUGCCCCCCACAACUACUGCAGAGAGCCCUUUCCACUGCCCCUCCAAGCCCUGGAAGCAGUUUGUCCCCCCAACAACCCCCAGCUCUGAACAGGAGAAACGCACAACACCUUUGCCAGUGAUAGAGGAGGGCUUAAGUGAUUUAGACUUGCUGGGAAAAAAACAAGUGAAUGCUAUAUAA